GCCCUUAGCUCCGUCUAAUUGCCAUUGCUCUGCUCUCAAACCCACACACUCAUUUCGAUCCUUUAGGCCUUCUCCGGUGGAGAGAAACAGGAGCAAGGCGCGGCUAAAAAACCCACGGGAAUUUCUCUCGUUUUGUCCGUGCAAAUUUCAGCGGGCUCUAAAGCAAAAAUCCCAUCUGCUCCAAAGUCAAAGGAAAAGGCUCGUACUCCUUUGGGGGAGGGAGGGAGCGAGAGAGAGAGAAGAAGAAGAGGAGGAGGAGGAGGGGGGACGCAGGCGCAAUGCGGCAGAGAUCUCCUGCUGUGCUGCAGCUGCGGCUGUGGCUGCUGGCCGUUUCCGUGUGGCCGGCUUUUCUUGGUGUUCUUGCGGCUGAUCUUAGCAAAGAACCAUUUACCAUCCGUAUAAGCUGUGGAAGUUUUGAUGAUGUCCGAACGUCGCCUACAAACACAUUGUGGUACAGAGAUUUUGGUUAUACUGGAGGCAGGUUUGCAAAUGCCACUCGCCCAAGCUUUAUCAUCCCUCCGCUGAAAACGCUUCGUUAUUUCCCACUAUCUGAUGGCCCUGAGAAUUGCUACAACAUCAACAACGUUCCCAAUGGGCACUAUCAAGUCAGGCUUUUCUUUGGCUUACUGGAUAAUCCUAAUCUUGACAGCGAGCCAAUUUUCGAUGUUUCUGUUGAGGGCACCCUAUUCAGUUCUUUGCUUUUGGGCUGGAGCAGUGAUGAUGAAAAGACAUUUGCAGAAGCUUUGGUUUUUGUUCAGGAUUCUAGCUUAUCAGUUUGCUUCCACAGCACAGGUCAUGGUGAUCCAUCUAUUCUUUCUAUUGAAGUUCUCCAAAUUGAUGAUGAUUCCUAUAACUUCAGCCCUUCAUGGGGAAAAGGGACAGUACUUAGAACAGCCAAAAGGUUGAAAUGUGGCUCUGGAAAGCCUGCUUUUGAUGAAGAUCUGCAUGGUAUCAGCUGGGGUGGGGACAGAUUCUGGUUAGGAUUACAAACUUUAUCAUCCAGUUCUGAUGAUCAGUCUAUAUCAACUGAGAAUGUUAUAGCAGAGACAUUGCUUGCUCCGAAUUUUUACCCUCAAAGCCUAUACCAAUCAGCUAUUGUGGGCACUGAUAGGCAACCGAGCUUGUCCUUUGAAAUGGAUGUUACACCAAACAAGAACUAUUCUGUAUGGCUCCACUUUGCAGAGAUUGAUAAUGGGGUAACUGCAGAAGAGCAAAGAGUAUUUGAUGUACUCAUCAAUGGAGACACUGCAUUUAAGGAUGUUGAUAUAAUCCGGAUGACAGGAGAGCGUUUUACUGCACUUGUUCUGAAUAAAACUGUAGCUGUCAGUGGGACAACACUAAAAAUCAUCUUGCAACCUGUGAAAGGAACCCGUUCCAUUAUUAGUGCCAUUGAGGUGUUUGAGGUAAUACCAGCUGAAAAGAAGACCUUGCCUCAAGAAGUGAGUGCAUUGCGCACAUUGAAGGGUUCACUUGGUCUUCCUCUUCGAUUUGGCUGGAAUGGUGACCCCUGUGUUCCACAGCAGCAUCCAUGGAGUGGAGUUGACUGCCAGUUUGACAACAACAAAGGGAAUUGGAUUAUUGAUGGAUUAGGUCUUGACAACCAAGGUUUAAGAGGGGUUAUACCUGGUGACAUAUCUAAGCUGCAGCAUCUGCAAAGCAUAAACUUGAGCGGCAAUAGCAUAAAGGGGAACAUUCCAACCUCUAUUGGUACUAUCUCUGCGCUGCAAGUAUUGGAUCUGUCAUACAAUGAGCUUAAUGGAUCUAUUCCAGAGAGCCUUGGCCUUCUGACGUCGCUGCAGAUACUGAAUCUGAAUGGCAAUCGUCUGUCAGGAAGGGUUCCAGCCAAUUUAGGAGGAAGGCCUCUGCACAGAGCUAGAUUUAACUUCACCGACAAUGCUGGACUGUGUGGAAUUCCUGGGUUACGAGAAUGUGGCCCUCAUCUAUCCGUGGCUGCAAAAAUCGGCAUGGCUUUCGGGGUGCUUUUAGCUAUUCUGUUUCUAGUUGUGUUUGCAGCGUGCUGGUGGAAAAGACGGCAGAGCAUUCUCCGCGCCCAAAAAUUAGCUGCAGCAAGGGAAGCUCCAUACGCAAAAUCAAGGACCCAGUUCACCCGGGAUGUGCAAAUGACGAAGCAUCAGCGCCCGUCUGAAAGCUCUUGAAGCAGCAACAAUGAAAGCUCGCCACAUUUGCUUUCCUAGCUAGGUGUGAGACAGAAACCCUGCAACAGUGACUUGGUUUGGGUCCAUUCUUCUGUUCUUAUGUUCUAUCUCAGGUUUGAAAGACAAAAUUGUACAUAGCUAGGUCAUGGAUGGUGUACAUACUAGUAUCUUUUUGCACUCCAAGACUUAGUCCAGGAGAGGUAUCAGAUGAGAGAAAUUACCUACUCCAUCUUAUUUGGUUUUACUACGACUACAAAUGUCGAAUUCUCCUCUAUUGUUCAACCAUGCUUAUUGUCAGUUAUGUACUGAUUGGUUGGUCUGAAGUUCCGCAAAAACUGCUUUUAUCAAGAGCAAGACCGCUGUGGUGGGCCAAACCUGAAUUUUUCA